ACAGUGAAGAUUAAUGAGUCUUGCUUGGAGUGGGCUUAUGUAAAUGGCGGUGUCCCUCAAGGAACAAAACUUGGCCGUAUCUUGUUUUUAGUUAUGAUUAAUGAUCUGAAAAUGAAGUCCACAAACUCCUCUCAUUGGAAAUACGUUGACGAUGUAACGAUUUCUGAGGUUAUAAAAGAAACUGAGGAAUCGCGAUUACAAACUGAACUCAAUGAACUCCAACAAUUGGCAUGUGAGAAUGAUAUGAAACUGAAUGGGUUGAAAUGCAAGGAAAUGGUUGUCAGCUUUUUACGACAAAGUGAUAACUAUACUCCAUUACACAUUAAUGAUCAACAAUUGGAACUGGUUACAUCUUUCAAUAUUUUGGGUUUGACUAUUAAUAAUCACCUUAAAUGGAAUGAUAACGUUGCAAUUAUCGUAAAAAAAAGCGUCGAAACGCCUUUACAUCCUUCGGGUGUUGCGUCGAUCUGGAAUUCCAUCCGCUGA